AUGUUGCUAAGUGUUCCCUUCUUCACAGUACCAGUGGCAUGGACAUUGACCAAUGUUGUCCAUGAUGUGUUAAUGUUCAUGAUGUUACAUGUGACAAAGGGAACACCCUGGGAAACUGCGGACCAAGGUAAAGCCCGAAUGCAAACUCAGUGGGAGCAAAUUGAUUAUGGUCAACAAUUCACAGCUACCAAGAAGUUUCUUACCACAGUACCUAUUCUUUUUUGUUUUUUUUUUUUUUUUUUUUUUUGCUUAAUCCAUAAUCAAUCUUUUUUAUUUUUUUUUCAUUUUCUUUUUGUUUCUUCUCUUUUUAUGGUAUUUUCAUGUUUUUUUUCUUUUCUUUUUCAUGUUUUUUUUUCUUUUCUUUUUCAUGUUUUUUUUUCUUUUCUUUUUCAUGUUUUUUUUCUUUUCUUUUUCAUGUUUUUUUUUCUUUUCUUUUUCAUGUUUUUUUUCUUUUCUUUUUCCUUUUUUUUUUUCUUUUUUUUUUUCUUUUCUUUUUCAUGUUUUUUUUCUUUUUCAUUUUCCUUUUUUUUUUUCUUUUCUUUUUCAUGUUUCUUUUCUUUUUCAUGUUUCUUUUCUUUUUCAUGUUUCUUUUCUUUUUCAUGUUUCUUUUCUUUUUCAUGUUUCUUUUCUUUUUCAUGUUUCUUUUCUUUUUCAUGUUUCUUUUCUUUUUCAUGUUUCUUUUUUUUUUCAUGUUUCUUUUCUUUUUCAUGUUUCUUUUUCUUUUCAUGUUUCUUUUCUUUUUCAUGUUUCUUUUCUUUUUUUCAUGUUUCUUUUCUUUUCAUGUUUCUUUUUCUUUUCUUUUUCAUGUUUCUUUUCUUUUUUUCAUGUUUCUUUUCUUUUUCAUGUUUCUUUUCUUUUUCAUGUUUCUUUUCUUUUUCAUGUUUCUUUUCUUUUCAUGUUUCUUUUCUUUUCAUGUUUCUUUUCUUUUUUCAUGUUUCUUUUUUCUUUUUCAUGUUUCUUUUCUUUUUUUCAUGUUUCUUUUUUUUUCAUGUUUCUUUUCUUUUCAUGUUUCUUUUCUUUUUCAUGUUUCUUUUCUUUUUUCAUGUUUUUUUUCUUUUUUCAUGUUUCUUUUUCUUUUCAUGUUUCUUUUCUUUUUCAUGUUUCUUUUCUUUUCAUGUUUCUUUUCUUUUUUUCAUUUUUCUUUUCUUUUCAUGUUUCUUUUCUUUUCAUGUUUCUUUUCUUUUUCAUGUUUCUUUUUUUUUUCAUGAGUCCUGUUUCUUCCGCGAUAUUUUUUUUUUCUCCCCUCUCUUCUUCUCUCUACUUUUUUCAAUACCGAUACCAGCUUGGAAAAUUUCCUGGGCUCUCCUACCAAUUACCUCUCUGGCAGCACAUCUACCAAAUUUUAUCCCCUCCGCAUCAAUCUAA